UGGGGGCAGGAGAGUUUAUGAGUCCCUGUGAGAGUGGAGACAACACAGGUGAACCUUCUGCCCUGGAAGAGCARAGAGGACCUUUACCCCUCAACAAAAGCUUGUUUUUGGGCUAUGCCUUUCUCCUCACCAUGGCCACAACCAGUGACAAGUUGGCCAGCCGCUCCAAAUUAUCAGAUGGUCCUAYAGGAAGCAGUGAGGAAGAAGAGGAAUUUUUAGAAAUUCCUCCUUUCAACAAGCAGUACACAGCAUCCCAGCUUCGAGCAGGAGCUGGCUAUAUCCUUGAAGAUUUCAAUGAAGCCCAGUGUAACACAGCCUACCAGUGUCUCCUAAUUGCGGAUCAACAUUGUCGAACCCGGAAGUACUUUCUGUGCCUUGCCAGUGGGAUUUCUUGUGUGUCUCAUGUCUGGGUCCAUGACAGUUGCCAUGCCAACCAGCUUCAGAACUACCGUAAUUAUCUGCUGCCAGCUGGGUACAGCCUUGAGGAGCAAAAAAUUCUGGAUUGGCAACCACGUGAAAACCCCUUCCAGAAUCUCAAGGUACUCUUGGUAUCAGAUCAACAGCAGAACUUCCUGGAGCUCUGGUCUGAGAUCCUCAUGACUGGAGGGGCAGCCUCUGUGAAGCAGCACCUUUCAAGUGCCCAUAACAAAGAUAUUGCUUUAGGGGUAUUUGAUGUGGUGGUGACAGACCUCUCAUGCCCAGCUUUGGUGCUGAAGUGUGCUGAAGCAUUGCAGCUGCCUGUGGUAUCCCAAGAGUGGGUGAUCCAGUGCCUCAUUGUUGGGGAAAGAAUUGGAUUCAAGCAGCAUCCAAAAUAUAAACACGAUUAUGUUUCUCACUAAAGAUACUUGGUCUUACUGGUUUUAUUCCCUGCUAUUGUGGAGAUUGUGUUUUAACCAGGUUUUAAAUGUGUCUUGGGUGUAACUGGAUUCUUUGCAUGGAUCUUGUAUAUAGUUUUAUUUGCUGGACUUUUAUGAUAAAAUAAAUGUUGAAUCUCUUUGGUUGU